AUGGCUGUGAUAGCAAGAAUGGCACAAACCAGCACCUCCCAGCCUAACCUUUGGAAGCCUCGGUAUGCGGCCAAGGCACACCAGGAAAAACCACAGCCUGUACAGCAGUUCACACGGUCGAGAUCGUUGAGGGAACCCUUUGACGCAGCUGAGCUUACCCGAAAACUGGAAAACUACCGUCAAGAACUCAAGCUGGAAAAGGCACGGCGCGAGCUGGCAAACAAAAAGACUCUGGAGAUGGCAGCAACACAACCACAGCCUGCACGAAAAGAAGUUAGCACAGCAGCACGGGAAGAAAAACCGACCUCUGGAAUCAAGCGAGCACAAUCCGUCUCUGUGCCAAAAACUCUCGCAAUCGGCGAACAACCGGAACGCAGGAGAUCGAUCAUGCACCGCAGCCGCAAGCAAUCAGCCCAAGAAGACACUCCCACCGAACCCGCCAAACCCUUCAUCCCCCGCGUAGCAGCCAAACAAUUCGCCAACACCACAACCCCAUUCAAAGCCAAGAACGACGCAGCAGCAGCACAAACAUCCUCACACCAAGUCCCAGAGCCGCAGCCCAAAGACGCAAAAGCAAAAGACACAUCCAACAAACACAUCCUCGACUGGAGCGAACCCGUCAUCCAGCCAAAGUCUUCCUCACCACCUCUACCCUCGACCUCCGAUUUCCCCGAUGCAGAAACAACGCGAUCACGCAUACAGGCCCUGCACGCCUUCCGCGAUACCUCCAAAACCAGCCGUCCGAGACCCCUCAGCACAGCCCUAGAAAACAUGCGCGAAUGGGACGCUGUAGAUAACGUCUACUCUAAACCAACUGCCGUCCUUGCCGAGGAAGCACCCAUCGCCUCCUCUGGCUACAUAUCAGCUUUGAACCGCCCUGUUUUGCGUGAAGUCAAGGACCGCCAUGACUGGGCUCAGGGCAGUCAGUGUGGUGACAGUGCAAGGCAAUCGUUGCAUUUGUUCCGCAAAAAGGAUUCGGCACAUGAAGAGGCGGAGAUGGCUGGCCUCAGAGCGAGUAUGAGACCGGCUGCGAAGCCGAGACAAAAGAGUCAUGGGGAUGCGACAGAUAGGCUGAUUAAUGAUGCUGUCAAGCAGAUCAGAGAGGAAAAGAGGAGGAGCAGUUUGUUCAACAUUUUCAAGAGACAUUGA